GGAAGAGACGAAACUGUGAUUUCAAAACCCCGGGGCUGUGGAAAGAACACAGAGUUCCCAUUUAUUCCCAAACUUUGGCACUUUUGUUGGAGCCCGUUUCCGCCCUCCAAAAACCUGCUCGUUCAACUUUUCUCCAGCUGUUUGCAGCUGGCCAAAACACAAAAGCAUCCGCCCUGUUGUGGGGGAAAAGACGAGCCUGCGACUGCCUGGAGCGGAGGAGAGAGAUGCCACCCCAACCUGAGCCGCAGGUGAAGCAGAACAUCCUGAAGUUCCUCGGGAGCUUCUUGGGGAUCAGCCGGAUCCUGCAGAUCGUGUUCGGAGCCGGACUGUGGGUCACCAUCGCUGCCAACAAAUACGAGGGUCCCAUCCACUUCGUCCUGUUCGUGGCGGUCUUCUUCUGGCUCCUCACCCUCGCCCUGUUCUUCCUCACCCUCCUGGACAAGCAGGACCUGGUCCCGCUGCUGGGGGGGCAGCGCUGGCCGUGCGCCAACCUGACGCACGACGUGGCCGCCGCCUUGCUCUACCUGCCGGCCAUAGGAAUCAUGAUCCGCAAGACGGAGCGCAACUCCUUCUGCAACCUGGACCAGUACCCGCACCACUGUCUGUACAAGGUCUACCUGACGGCCUCCGUGUUCGCCUGCCUGUGCUGCGUCACUUACCUGCUGUCCAUUAUUUAUGGGGGGUGCAGGAAGUGUCGGGGGGAGAGAACGGUCUUCUAGCGGCCAUGGGAUGGAGUGUCCACUGCAAGAUGAGGAAUAGUUCACUUCACUGUCAUUUCACUUAAGGAUCUGUCUCCAAGCACGCAUGAUGUGUCAUGAUGCAUUCAGGUGCCAAAGGUUUAUGGGAGUUUCAUCCAUCCAUCCAUCCCCUCAGUAAGAACCGUUAUAACAUAAAGAGGGGAUAUAAAACAGCAUUAAUAUAUGUUAUGUGUGCUUGUUUGUUUUUCCACAUUUUUAAUCCAUUUUUUUAAUAUGUUUUUUCUACAGCGGCAAAUAAUAACUUAAACUAUACUAUUAUCUUUUCAUCCAGGUGUUUUUUGUUUCGUCUUUUUUAACAUUUCAUGUUUUGUCAAAAUGCUGUAAACUCAACAAGGUUGUGACAACAACUUCCACACCAGGGAUAUGAGUGGUGCUGCAACAUGCGUAUUGAACAAAGGCGUCCUUUUAUAUAUAUUUAUAUAUAUAAAUGAGAAGAAUAAAGGUGUAGAAUGA